AAAAUUUCAGUCGAUGCCGGUGGUUCACUUGGUCCACUAGUCCACCAUUCGUUCAACUCAUGUAGUUUACCAAAUAUUUAACCACUACCCCAAGGUAACCAGUUUAAUAACUCCGGAAAUAAUAAUGACAGCGGACAACGUUUCACCCCAGAAACCAUUAGCUGUAGAAUUUACGAUAGCAGCACUCGCAGCAGUGGGGGCUGGAUUUUUCACAAAUCCAAUAGACGUUGUCAAGAUAAGACUGCAGUUGCAGGGAGAACUGGAGGCACGAGGAACAUACCAAAAAUUCUACAAGAAUACAUUUCACGCGGGAUAUGUAAUAUCAAAGAAUGAAGGGAUUCUAGCACUGCAGUCAGGUCUGGGAUCAGCUCUUGCAUUCCAAGUUGUUUUGAAUGGAAUCAGACUGGGAUCGUACAAGGCUGCAAGAACUUAUGGAUUUACCCUAAAUGACAAAGGGGAAACAGAUAUUCUACGGACAGCUGUUUUGAGUGGACUCUCAGGAUGUGUGGGAGCUGUCCUCGGAAGUCCAUUUUACUUGGUGAAGACGCGCAUGCAGGCACAAUCUGCUGAGGUCAUAGCAGUGGGUUUUCAGCAUGGACAUACCAGUGAAACGGCGGCAUUUAGGUCUCUAUGGAGGGAAGGAGGCCUUGCUGGACUUUACCAGAGGUGUUUUGCCAAUUGUCCCAGGAUAUUUGUCGGUUCUGCCACGCAGUUGACAAUGUUCAGUCUAAUAACUGAUUGGUUGAAGCCGUUUCAGAUUUUUGAUAAUCGACCGUUGACCCUCACUUUUUGCUCUGCACUUCUCGGUGGCAGUUCUGUUGCUUUAACAAUGCAACCCUUUGAUGUUAUUGCAACAAGACUUUACAAUCAAGGCACAGAUUCGAGUGGAAAACCCCUGCUCUAUCGUGGCUUUUUCGAUGCAUUGAUGAAAGUCAGUAAAACAGAGGGCUUGUUUGGUUUGUACAAAGGGACUUUCCCCACCUGGAUGCGUAUAGCACCUCACACUGUAUUAUGUUUAUGCUUUUAUGAACAAUUAGAGAUAAUGUAUAAUCGCCUAUUUGCUUCGUAGAGAAAUAAAAAAUUCACAUCCACUGUAUGAUGA